UUCAUCAUUUUCAGAGCACGGUGCUAACAGUAACCGGUUUUCGCUCGACAAUCUCCUCUCACCAGCUCAACAGUACUUGCAGUGACUGUGUGAGGCAGCCCAAAUUGUAUCUUAGAAUUUGCUAUUGUCUGGAUCGUUCAUAAUCCAUGGGAUCAACCGGAAGAAAUUGGGAGGGCUUGGGCGGUCCCGUCCGUGUCGAUCGGGCAAACCUGAACGACAUCGAUCCAUCUCUGGAUGAGUGCUGUCAGCGAGAGGAAGAGUCCAAUCGAAAAGGGAAUGCUUUGCGUCGUACUCUGCAGCGAUACGAUGUUGUCGCGGAAAAAGAAAGACGUCGACGACAACUGGUGAAUACGACGAACUUCUCGGGUUGUCGUUGCUGCUACGAUCCCAACUCGGACGGUGGUGAGUAUCUCGCUUUGAUUGAACUGCGCACCUCAAGGAAACAAAAAGAAGAAGAUGCAGAGGAGACAGAACACCAAGCUAUGGAAGAGAAGAAAAAAGAUGAUACGGUCGAUGUUGCCAGUGAUCCAUCAGAUGACGAAUUUGAUUACUUGCUUGACGAAGAGCUUCCGGGACAGGGUGAAGAACUAAAAGCAUUGGAAGAUUUAAGAAGAGCGGAGUUGGAAAUGUCUAUCUUCAGCCGAGAAGUCGCGCUUUCUCAUGGGUAUGGAACGCAUAGGCAAAUGCACCCAACCCGGGUCCUGAAAGCAGCUGGGCUGGCGCCAGGAACUCGAGAUCCAUCUCCAGCAGUUGUCUUACAUCUGGUCGACCCCGAUUCAAUUGCGUCGGCUUCCUUGGACCUGUACCUUGAGGAGCUGGCCCAAAAAGAGGCCAAAGGGACGAAAUUUCUGCGCAGCGGAGGGCGGUCAACUUUGCUGAUGGACGCCGAACUGGCUACUAAAGUGCUACCGCGCCUAAAGCCCGAAAAGGACAUGCCAGCUAUGGUCGCAAUUCGGGAUGGAGUUGCUACCAAUGUUUGCCCCCGCUUGCAAGGUUUGACGGACAGGGACGGUCAAGUUGUGACAAGAGCUGUCUUCGAAUGGCUGGACCGCUGCGGUGUAUUGCUCGAGCACCCACCGCUGCUCGAAGCUGUCUGUCGCAUCCGGCCCGAAGAGGAAGCUUUGAUGGACUGCCUUACGUCACCAAAGCCAACUCCCCCAGAAGAACCUCGUUUUGAUUGCGGUGUCCAUGAGUGCUGUAAAACCUUCCCACACGAGCAUAUCGGUAUUCAAAACGAGCAGCAAGAUGGCCUCGUCAUAUCAGAGGCAGAUGUGGUGGGGUAA